CACACCCCAGUCCACACAAAUAAUAUUCUCACAAAAAUAAUCGCAAAAAAGGAUAGCUAAAAAAUGGUGAGAAAUAGGAGAGAAGAAUUGUACGUUACCGUUCCAGCUCUUUUCCGAUGUCCAAUAUCAAUGGACGUAAUGAAGUCUCCUGUAAGUCUCUGUACCGGCGUCACAUACGAUCGUAGCUCCAUUCAAACUUGGCUUUCACAAGGACACAACACGUGUCCCGCUACCAUGCAAAUCCUUCCUUCAACUGAUUUCACACCUAAUCUCACUCUCCGCCGACUCAUCAACCUUUGGCUUCAACACCAACCGCCUCACGCGCCGUCUUCCUCCGCCGUCCCUAAGUCGGAAUUUCUCGAAAUUGUGAAAAAUCUCAGCGGAGAGAAGAAUCGAUUGAGUUCGUUGUUGAAGAUUGUGGAGUUUUUGAAAUGUUCGAGUGAAAAUCGGAGUUUUUUCGUGAGUUUAAGUGAUGCGAUUGCGAAUGUUGUUAGAGUUUUGGUGGAUUGUGAUGUUGUUGAGGUUUGUGAAUUAGUUGUUGCGGUUUUGGAUUUAGUUAUAUCUGAGAGUGAAGUUAAAGAGAUUUUGCGGAGCGAUAGGAGAUAUCUAUCGAAGUUUCUAAUGAUUCUAAAAAAUGGAAAAUUGAGUUCGAGGAUUCAAACCGCGAAGAUUCUAGAAUUCAUUGCAUUAGACGUUAAUUCGCAGCGAAAAAUCGUUGAGGAACAAGGUUUACUCUACGAAUUAUACGUAUUUGUUAACACAGAGACGAACCGGUUUGCAAUUGAAGCCGGUUUAUCAACAUUAAUCGCGGUUUCAACAACUAGACCGGUGAGAAAAGAGCUAAUCCGGUUCGGAAUUGUUGAAACAAUCGGCAAAAUAAUAACCGGUUCGGAAACGGCUCGUAUAGUGGUAGAAAAGUCGUUGAAGUUGUUGGAAACGGUUGCCACGUGUACGGAAGGGAGAUCGGCGAUAGGGAAAAGCGAGGAUUGCUUGUCGGGGAUUGUCACGCGCUUAAUGAAGAGCUCGAGAGCGGCAACGGAGCACGGUGUGACGAUUUUGUGGAGCGUGUGCUGUUUGGCGCGUGAUGAGGCGGCGCGUGAGGCUGUUGGGAAGGUUAAUGGGGUUAUGAAGGUGUUACUUGUGAUGCAGAGUGAUUGUUCUGCUGGUGUAAGGCAGAUGUGUGGGGAAUUGGUCAAAACAUUGCGCGUGGGGAAUAGUAAUAGUAGUAAUAAGAAAUAUUCAAAGUCGUGUUUGGCGAGUUAUGAUACCAAAACUACUCACAUUAUGCCCUACUGAAAAUGUAAUAAAUUGGCUACCACUCCUAAUUCUGUUGACUGACCAAACCAAAAAGAAUCAAACACUAGCUUUUUUUAUUAUUACUACAUUUGUUUUUAGAAAUUGAAUUAGGUUGAUUCAUGUUGUAAAUCCAAAGGAAUUUUGCUCAUGAUACAAUGACAUCAAAGUGUCAAAUACAUCAAAACCUCAUCUUAUUUCCUUA